CGACGCGGCGGACGCGGCGCUUGGCGGCCGGAGCGGAGCGAACGCGGCGUGGCGGUGCCAGAGGGACGCUCGGGUGGCGGCGUCGCCAUGUCGCACGGGCACAGCCACGGCGGAGGCGGUUGUCGCUGUGCAGCCGAACGCGAGGAGCCGCCAGAGCAGCGCGGCCUGGCCUACGGCCUGUACCUGCGCAUCGACCUGGAGCGGCUGCAGUGCCUCAACGAGAGCCGCGAGGGCAGCGGCCGCGGCGUCUUCAAGCCGUGGGAGGAGCGGACCGACCGCUCCAAGUUUGUUGAAAGUGAUGCAGAUGAAGAGCUUCUGUUUAAUAUUCCAUUUACGGGCAAUGUCAAGCUCAAAGGCAUCAUUAUAAUGGGAGAGGAUGAUGACUCACACCCCUCUGAAAUGAGACUGUACAAGAACAUUCCACAGAUGUCGUUUGAUGAUACAGAAAGAGAGCCAGACCAGACCUUUAGUCUGAACCCGGAUGUUACAGGGGAGUUAGAGUAUGCUACAAAAAUUUCUCGUUUUUCAAAUGUCUAUCAUCUGUCCAUUCAUAUUUCAAAAAACUUUGGAGCAGAUACCACAAAGGUCUUCUAUAUUGGCCUGAGAGGAGAAUGGACUGAGCUUCGGCGACACGAGGUGACCAUCUGCAACUAUGAAGCAUCUGCCAACCCGGCAGACCACCGGGUCCAUCAGGUCACCCCACAGACACACUUCAUUUCCUAAGGCUGGCCCAGGCGCCCACAGAUGCGCUGCGUCAGGGAAGAUGUACAGCUGCCUGUUCAGAAGGAUGGAGAUGAGGCUGCAGCGGGAGAGGGCUGCCACAGCCUCUGCCAAGCCUUGUCCUUGGGUCUUGCUGUGGAAACCUGGCCUAUGGAAGAUACCACACCCCUGGGAGAGUGGAGUGGGUCCCGAGGGACAGUCGGCAUUCUCUCGGGCACCACAGGAAUUGGGUCUUAAGCUGGGUGGCAUCUGUCAGUCAUGGAUAAUGCUUGCUUUUCCAGCCAGUGUGGCUAUGGAAUCCCAAGUGUGUUGAUUUGUGGCAGGAUUUUUGUGUGACUUGUUUUUUUAAAAAUGGCAACUCCUGGCUGUAAGAAACCUUCUGAAGCCUCAGCACUAUGUGUAUGAGCCAUCAGAAGGGCCUCUAACUAGAAACUCUUGUCCUUGCUUGCCUGUCCCUGUCAUUGCUCAGUUUUCUCGUCAAGUUGCCCCGCUUGGAGGUGUCUGUCAUGCACAAGUGUUCAUGGGCAGAAGCGUGAUAGCUUGUGGGGAGAGGUCUUCCCUGCUGCCCAGCUAAGCAUUCUGGGAGAGGUUGAAGUCACUGCUGUACUUGUGGGCAACCUGGUUGGUAUAAGAUUGAGACUUAGUUAAUAUCUCACAAGAGAGCAGGGGAUGUAGCUUAACACCUGCUGGCAGGCGUGAGGCCCUGAGUUCAGUUCCUGGUACCAAAAAAAAAAAAAGCCUCUGGGAACCUCCUUAAUGUUUAUUAGCUUCUGACUUGCGUUGUAAGCCCUGUGCCUGAGUUUGGAGGUCUCUUGAGUUCUGUCCAUGGCUUUUAUUCACUGUGACUAAUAAGCUUCCUAAUAAAUCCAUGCCAGACUUCA